UGUGUGUUUCUCCCUGUCAAUAAUCCUGAAUCCAGACUCUCUCUAUUUCCAUCCCUCUCUAUCUGUCAAUCAGCGCCGCCUUUGAACUGAAAACCACUCCGACCAACUUCAACUCACUCAAUCCGAGCGGCUCGGCUCCUUCUCCGGCUUCCUUUUUCUGCCAAGAUUCCCUUCUUUUUUAGUUUUGUACCAACCGCCAGAGCUUUGGAAAACGCCAAUACAGACCCCAAACUUAAACUCGGACUUUCUAGAUCGCCGAGAUCAAGGGUUUAAAACUUCGUGUUUUGCCCCCCCCUCCCCACGCAAAAAAACAGAGAAAUUUUCUGCUCGGGAAAAAUGCCGCAGCUCAACGGCGGUGGAGGGGACGAUCUGGGUGCAAACGAUGAAAUGAUUUCCUUCAAAGACGAAGGGGAGCAGGAAGAGAAAAUUUCGGAGAACUCCUCGGCAGAAAGGGAUUUAGCCGAUGUCAAAUCUUCGCUUGUAAACGAGUCGGAAACGAAUCAGAACAGCUCGUCGGACUCGGAGGCGGAAAGACGGCCUGCGCCUAGAUCUGAAACUUUCAGAGACAAAACAAGAGAAAGUUUAGAGGAGGCUGCGAAAAGGCAAGAUGGAGGGCUGUUCAAGAGCCCACCGUACCCGGGCUAUCCAUUUAUAAUGAUCCCCGAUCUCACAAGCCCCUACCUUCCCAAUGGAUCACUUUCUCCAACAGCACGCACAUACCUACAGAUGAAAUGGCCCCUGCUAGAUGUUCAACCAGGAGGUCUUCAAAGUAGACAAGCACUUAAAGAUGCCAGGUCCCCGUCACCGGCACACAUCGUUGGGCCCUUCUGCUGGGAAUUCCCCGGACAGUCAGAUCUGAGCCUUCACCAAUUUCAUUUGUCUAAUAAGGUUCCAGUGGUACAGCACCCUCACCAUGUGCACCCUCUCACGCCUCUGAUCACCUACAGCAAUGAGCACUUCACACCGGGGAACCCCCCACCUCACCUACAGACAGACGUGGAUCCCAAAACAGGAAUUCCAAGGCCUCCACAUCCUCCAGAUAUAUCUCCUUAUUACCCACUGUCACCUGGCACUGUCGGCCAGAUCCCCCAUCCGCUAGGAUGGUUAGUACCACAGCAAGGUCAACCUGUUUAUCCAAUCACAACAGGGGGUUUUAGACACCCCUACCCAACUGCGCUCACUGUCAACGCAUCCAUGUCAAGUCUUCUGUCCUCUAGGUUCCCCCCACACAUGGUGCCCCCUCACCACAGUUUGCACACCACGGGCAUCCCUCACCCAGCCAUCGUCACACCCAACGUCAAGCAGGAAUCCUCCCACAGCGACAUCAGCUCUCUCAACAGCUCGAAACAGUCGGACGCUAAAAAGGAGGAGGAGAAGAAGAAGCAGGUCCACAUAAAGAAACCUCUGAACGCCUUCAUGCUCUACAUGAAGGAGAUGCGGGCCAAGGUGGUGGCUGAGUGCACGCUGAAGGAAAGUGCUGCCAUCAACCAGAUCCUGGGGCGGAGGUGGCACGCCCUAUCGCGGGAGGAGCAGGCCAAGUACUACGAGCUGGCCAGGAAAGAGCGACAGCUCCACAUGCAGCUGUACCCAGGCUGGUCAGCACGAGACAACUAUGCGGCUAACCAACAGGGGAAAAGGAAGAAGAGAAAAAGGGAAAAGCAGCAAGCAGAGAGCAAUGAACACAGAGAAUAUUUUCCAAACCCUUGCCUUUCACUCCCUCCGAUUACAGAUGCAAAUACCCCAAAGAAGUGUCGUGCCUUGUUCGGGCUUGACCAGCUGAGUUUAUGGUGCAAACCAUGCAGGAGAAAAAAAAAGUGCAUUCGCUACAUCCAAGGUGAAGGCAGCUGUGCCAGUCCUCCCUCUACGGACGGAAGCAUACUAGACUCCCCCCCAUCCUCCCCCUCCUCAGUGGUUCCCUCCCCCUCCUCAAAAGAGUCCAAACCUCAGACUGAACAAAUGCAACCUCUCUCACUGACUAUGAAACCGGCCCACCAGCCACUCCACCACCCGCACCUCCUGGCUGGGCCUCCACCAUCUUUGGUUCAGCUGGAAAACUCUGCUGCAGCUAGCAAAACGCCCGGCGCCUCCUCCCACAACGGAGCCCUGGAGCACGGCGACGUCUCGUCCUCGCGGCAGCCGGGCUCCUCUGUGGUGCCCUCAAUGGCCCGGCCCUCGGCAUCGCUGUGUCAUUCCCACUCGCUCCUCCCCUCCGCGGCCCCUCAGCCUCUGUCGCUAGUGACCAAGUCUAUAGAAUAGUCUACCCUAUUCUUCUCCUCUUUUCUAGCUCUGCACACACACACCUUUCUAGGCCCUCCCUCUGCUAUAUUUCACUUGCCGUCAGUUCUUUUCUCUUUAUGUUUCUGUGCCAUAAGGCUUUGAAAUUUUAGUUCUUGUUUUAUUAAAGUUCAUUGGUCAAUAUUUGACCCAUCAUUAUCAAAAAAUCUAAUUAUUAUAAAGAAAUGAUACAAUGAGCUGUAGUAUAGCUUUGUGAAUCUGCCAAAAUUUUUAUGAAUUUUGUUUUGUCUUUUUUGUAGUGUUAAACAGUGCAAACAGAAAAAUUAUCUAGUUCAACUUCAAAAUGUUUAAAAGACGGAUAUAAAAAGGUAGGCUAGAUUAUUCAGUGAGCCCUUUUCUUGAAAGAGUUGGUUCUCCUUCUUUAUUUGUAUUAAAUACGAGCUUGCGAACCAAUCAUUUGACAUCUGUUCAAACUCUAGGAGGGCAUGAGGCUAGCGGUGACACCUCUCUGAGGAACAACUUUAAUUGUGAUGUUACUUGUUCUUGUUUAAAUGUACAGAAUAAUGGGGAGGGGGGGGAUUACUGUGUUAAAUAUGCAUUCUUCCACUGCGUUGUCUUUUUUCUUUGUUGUUUACCUUUGGGGUGGAGUCAGGCAAGUUGGGUGGGCUUGAG